GAAAGUCAGACAUUAUAGAGACAGAGGGACAAGGCACUGUUACCCUCAGAGACUCCCACUCCAAACCCAUCGCAGAUACCCAGGGAGCUUGAGAUUUGGCAUCCAGAUUUUGGUCAUCGUCGCUAGUUCAUUUAUUUUCAUUCUUCAGUUUGUGACUUGUGGCGGAAAAGAUGGCUCCUAUAGUGUGUUGUGACCACUGAUGUUUGUUUCUGCAGAAGAGUUUGCUACGUGCUUAUUGCUUCUUCAGGUCGUUGUGUUCAGUUGAUUAACUUUCAGGAGACUUUACAGUUUAUUACUGUGUGACUUUUUAAUCUCCCAGCUGUGUCUUCUACUGGAAUACCAUCGCUCCUUCUUUGGACUGUCUUGACCUGCUUUCAACAAUGCUGACCGAGCCGUGUGGAGCCAUGUCGAUGGGUUCAGAUGUUCGAGAUCUGACCCUCUUACCUCCAGCGCCUCCUGUGUCAUCUUUACCUGGUGCUGGUGGUGGCUGUGGGAUGUCUGUUGGUGGUGGCCAGUGGACCCAACUGCUGGACCUCCACCCUGGCUCUCCCUACAGCUCCCUGCCCCCCCACCACUCCCUCAUCAAGCAGGAACCAGGUUGGGGGACCACUGAUCCAAUUGAGGACCCUCACUGUGGACUCGGGGCCUUCACAGUGCACUUCUCUGGCCAGUUUACAGGCUCGGGUCGAGUUGGGGCCUUCGGAGAGCCAACUGCAGGACAAGCAAGGAUGUUUCCCAAUGGAACCUACCUGCCCAGCUGUAUGGACAGUCCUCCUGCCCCCAGGAACCAGGGUUAUGGAGCAGUGGGUUUAGACAGCAACCCCAGUUAUGGUCACACUCCGUCUCAUCACACCCCUCAGCUCUCCAGCCUGUCCUUCAAACACGAGGACACGCUGUCACCGCCAAACAACAUAGUUGACCAGCAGUACCCGGCUCCACCCCCCAUGUUUGGUUGCCACAAUCCUUCAGAAUCCUGUCCGAGCAGCCAAGCUCUGCUGCUGAGAAACUACAACAGUGAUAACCUAUACCAAAUGGCAUCUCAGCUGGAUUGUGUAACAUGGAACCAAAUGAACAACCUGGCAUCUUCCAUGAAGAGUGGCCAUGUACCCAGCUAUGACAGUGAACCCACAGCCCCGCCUCCACCCAUGCUCCUCAGUGCCCAGUACCACAUACACACACAUGGUGUCAUCAGAGGACUUCAGGAUGUUCGCCGUGUAGGUGGUAUUGCUCCACCAGUUGUGAGAUCUUUAGAGGCCAACGAAAAGCGUCCAUUUGUAUGUGCUUAUCCUGGCUGCAGCAAGAGAUACUUCAAACUGUCACAUCUGCAGAUGCACGGCCGCAAACACACAGGAGAGAAGCCUUACCAGUGUGAUUUCCCAGACUGCGGCCGCAGAUUCUCUCGCUCAGACCAGUUGAAGAGACACCAGCGCAGACACACAGGAGUGAAGCCCUUUCAGUGCGAGACGUGUCAGAGAAAGUUUUCACGGUCAGAUCAUCUUAAGACGCACACUCGGACUCAUACAGGUAAAACAAGUGAGAAGCCCUUUACCUGCCGCUGGUCCAACUGUCAGAAGAAGUUUGCCCGCUCUGACGAGCUGGUGCGCCACCACAGCAUGCACCAGAGGAACCUGACCAAGCUGCAGCCUGCCAUCUGAGCAGCGAGAGGAGGAGGAGGACGCAGAGGAAGGUGACAAUAUGUUGUGCCAGCUAGUGGAGAAAGACACUGGAGCCUGGUCAGCGGUUAUGGUGCCUUGCCAGACUCUGUGAAGUGGUGAGCACAGCUGAUGCCUCCCUCUGCCAGCCAACGUCAAGAGACUCUGGUGAUCUUCCAGAUCUUCAAGAUGCACCUCAACUAGCACUCGUUCUGUUUUUUUGACAUAAAAUCUCAGACUGAGAGGGUACAAUACCACAGUAAUCCUGAGCCAAGACGAAUAUUUUUUACGUGAGAUGAGGAAAAUGUUGACACACUAUUUUGGAUUAUUUUAGUACACUUGCACUGGCUUCUUUUUUUAAUUGUGUCACUUGGAAAAUGUGCUGGACAAUGUAAACUGGAUUUAGGAAAUGGACAAUGUUUAUUUUUUUGUCCAUUAAAUUGAGAUUUUCUUUUGCUUUGGGGAAUGUAAACAUCUUUAUAUUCUUACAGUAUAUAUACUCACUAAAUUGCUUUGUAUAUAUAUGUGGUGUAUUUGCUAACCUUUAUAGACAUUCCUUUUGUAUUUUCUCUGUUUUUCUAAGUUUAUAAAAUGUUGAUUCACUUUGCUGUCCAGGGUAA